AUGAACGAAUGUGGACCUGACGGAGAGGGUGGUGAUAGGCUUCCUGGGAACAAAGACAUAAUUGUGUGGCAAGGAGUGUGGCUGUCACCACCCGGUCACCAGAGUCUUUCAGUGAGUGUGAGCUACAGCUUCCUGACUCCUACAUCUCUGCUGACUCCCUUCCUAGACCCCCUACUGAUGUUAGACCUUGAAAGAACCCAGGGCAACUGCGCAGAAUUGUGUGAUUGGAGUGGAGGGCAGGAGGGACUCGAGGAAUCUGUGUUUCAGCCUUCAUUCUGCAUAGGAGGGAAGGAAAGCAUCAUCACCUCAGGGCACAUGCUGGACAGGACUCCUGCUCCUGUGCUCAAGGUGGUGUUGGGACCAACUGCAGAAAUCACUCUAUUUUCUUUCCUUUGUAGUGGUUUGUUGUCUUCUGAUUAUGUGGAGAUUCACUACGAAAAUGGGAAACCACAGUACUCUAAGGGUGGAGAGCACUGCUACUACCAUGGGAGCAUCCGCAAUGUCCAGGACUCCAGGGUGGCCCUGUCGACCUGCAAUGGACUUCAUGGCAUGUUUGAAGAUAACACCUAUGUGUACACGAUAGAACCACUGGAACUGCUUCAUGAUGAGAAAAGCACAAGUCGACCACACAUAAUCCAGAAAACCUUGGCAGGACAAUAUUCUCAGCAAAUGAAGAAUCUCACCAUGGACAGUGGUGACCAGUGGCCCUUCCUGUCUGAAUUGCAGUGGCUGAGAAGGAGGAAGAGGGCAGUGAACCCAUCUCGUGGUGUAUUUGAAGAAAUGAAAUAUUUGGAACUUAUGAUUGUUAAUGAUCACAAAACGUAUAAGAAGCACCGUUCCUCUCACGCACAUACCAAUAACUUCGCCAAGUCCGUGGUCAACCUCGUGGACUCUAUUUACAAGGAGCAGCUCAACACCAGGGUUGUGCUGGUGGCCGUGGAGACCUGGACAGAGAAGGAUCACAUCGACAUCACCAUUAACCCUGUGCAGAUGUUGCAUGAGUUCUCCAAGUACCGGCAGCGGAUCCGGCAGCAUGCUGAUGCUGUGCACCUCAUCUCGCGUGUGACAUUUCACUAUAAGAGAAGCAGCCUGAGCUACUUCGGAGGCGUCUGUUCUCGUACAAGAGGAGUUGGUGUGAAUGAGUAUGGUCCUCCAAUGGCAGUGGCACAAGUAUUAUCGCAGAGCCUGGCCCAAAACCUUGGAAUCCAGUGGGAACCUUCUAGCAGAAAGCCAAAGUGUGACUGCACGGAGUCCUGGGGAGGAUGCAUCAUGGAGGAGACGGGGGUAUCCCAUUCCCGAAAAUUCUCAAAGUGCAGCAUUUUGGAGUACAGAGACUUUCUACAGAGAGGGGGCGGAGCCUGCCUCUUUAAUAGGCCAACCAAGCUGUUUGAGCCCACAGAAUGUGGAAAUGGAUAUGUAGAAGCUGGGGAGGAAUGUGACUGUGGCUUCCACGUGGAAUGCUACGGAUUUUGCUGUAAGAAGUGCUCCCUCUCCAAUGGGGCACACUGCAGUGAUGGGCCAUGCUGCAAUAGCACUUCAUGUCUCUUUCAACCACGAGGGUAUGAAUGUCGGGAUGCUGUGAACGGGUGCGAUAUUACUGAAUAUUGUACUGGAGAUUCUGGCCAGUGUCCACCAAACCUUCACAAGCAGGAUGGGUACAUGUGCAGUCAGAAUCAGGGUCGCUGCUACAAUGGCGAGUGCAAGACCCGGGACAACCAGUGCCAAUACAUCUGGGGAACAAAGGCUGCAGGCUCGGACAAGUUCUGCUAUGAGAAGCUGAACACUGAAGGCACUGAGAAGGGAAACUGUGGCAGGGACGGAGACCGGUGGAUCCAGUGCAGCAAGCA